CUGCUGGCAGUGGCGGAGGUAGUAGUGGUUCCCGUAGUCGAGGGAUUCUUGGAAGAGAUGAUGAUCUUGCUGAGAGUGACAAAAACAUUGCUGUUACGACAACGACAUCUAUACAACGAGAUACCCAUGGAGGAUCGAGAUCAACUAGUACAAGAAAGCAGACUAAGCGUACAAAGGAAUCUAGUAGCCGAGCGGAAAGUCCUCCCGGCGAUGGUGUUACUACAAAACAAGAUGGAGAUUUUGAUUUUUCCGGGGGAGACUCAGGGUCCCCAGUAGAAGACGAGGAGAGUCCUUCUUCUUCUUCUUCAGCAACGUCGUUAUAUGACUUAGAAGAUGGCGCUUUUCUCGGUGCUACGUCAGCACAACUAGACAAAGGCACAAAUUACGCAGGUCGUUGUCGUUACAUGAAAAGAUAAGGCGUUUUUGGUAAGUUUGAACGACCGGCAAAACAAAGAGACCCUACCAAAGAUGAAGAUGUAAGGGAUUACUCGGAGCUGUUUUCUGUGACGACAUCUUGGGAGUCGAUUGAGGCGGACUUUGAAUUCUUCAAAACGCGGGUAGAGCUAGUGAAAGACUAUGGCAUUGAGCCGCAUUAUGUAUCGAAAGCUCGACAUGAUAUAGAACGUGCGCACCAAAGGUUUGAUGCAGGAAGAAAUUCUUCAAGAAAAGGCCUGACAACUGGAGGAUCUACAAGGAAGCCAAAGUCUAGCACUGUUAACACAGAUGAGGACACGCAGCAAAAGUACAGUACUCGGAAUACAGCAACAGCAGCAAUCGCUUUGGCAAAAGGCGAUCAGAGAACAAACAAGCCACACGUUGUUCAAGCACCUCCUACCAUGAAAGAAACACAAACGCGGACUCCGAAGACUCCACAACAACAAAGACAUUUCGCUGCAGCCCUC